AUGGUGAGCGGAAGCUUUAGCCGGAGCACAUCCGCGCGGCUCACAGCGAGGGGCGGCGUCGGAAGCCCGCGGGUCUCGACGCCGGGAGCCGCGCACCGGAACUGGUACUGGGCGGCGUCGCCGUCGGGGCCGUCGUUCGAUCGCGUCGUCUUGGCCUUCUUCCUAGCCUCCGUCGCGCUCGUGCUCUCCUGCGCUCUGUACCUCUACGUGUUCCGGUACUUGGGCCGGGGCCGUGUGGUCGCCGAGUUCGCCGGCGGCGAGAAUCUCGAGUCCUGCGACGUGUUCGACGGCGUCUGGGUGCCGGAUCAGGGGCACCCCUUGUACAACAGCUCGCAGUGCCCGUUUGCAGAGAGGGGGUUCAAUUGCCUGGCCAAUGGGAGGAAGGACACCGAGUACCUCAAGUGGCGGUGGAAACCUCGGGGAUGCGAUUUGCCGCGGUUCAGUGCCCGGGCUCUGUUGCAGUGGCUGAGAGGGAAGAGGGUCGUCUUUGUGGGGGACUCCAUGAGUCGAACGCAGUGGGAGUCCUUCAUUUGCAUGCUCAUGACAGGGGUGGAUGAUCCACAGACGGUUUAUGAGGUUAAUGGCAACCAGAUAUCAAAGACAAUCCGGUUUUUAGGAGUGAGAUUUGAGACCUUCAACCUCAGUGUGGAGUUCUUCCGGUCCGUUUUCCUUGUGCAGCAGAUCCCUGCGCUUCGCCAUGGGCGCAGAAGGGUCCGUGCCAUCCUCAAGCUUGAUAAGUUGGAUGAUUUAAGUCAGAAAUGGGCAAACUCAGAUGUUCUUAUUUUCAACUCAGGGCAUUGGUGGACUGCCAGCAAAUUAUUUGACAUGGGUUGCUAUUUUGAGGCUGGAGGUGUGCUUAAACUGGGAACAUCCAUUAAUGCAGCUUUCAAAAUGGCAUUGGAAACUUGGGCUUCAUGGGUGAAAGAGAGAAUCGAUUUAAGGCGAACACGAGUAUUCUUCCGUACAUAUGAACCGUCUCAUUGGAGUGGCUUAAAUCAAAAGGUGUGUGAAGUAACAGAACAACCUACAACUGAGGCCAAUGGAAAUGACAGGAGAGAAUUUGGGGAUAUACUUGCUGGUGUUGUGGCAAAUAUGAGUGUCCCUGUGACCAUACUAAAUGUGACUUUGAUGGGGGCCUUUAGAAGUGAUGCUCAUAUUGGCCUUUGGAGUCAUCCUAAUACCAUACUUGAUUGCAGCCACUGGUGCCUUCCAGGAGUUCCAGAUGCUUGGAACGAGCUUGUAUUUUCCCACCUUUUGACAAAUGGUUGGCGAGUGCCAGCUAGCUGA